AUGUUGUUGUCUCCUUGUCAUUGGCGCAAAACCAUAGCGCUGAGUUGGGCUCUUGCGGCUCUACUACUCACCAUUCAAGUUGCCAGUGUUUCAUCUGUGGCAACAUCCUUGCCAGACGGAGACCAGCGAUGCAAAGGUACGGACUUGGACUACUCCAGACUCCAGACUGUCUCAACCGACAAUGCCGCAGGCAUGCAUGCUCGAGCUUCGUCAGAUGAUGGAGCCACGAGUUCGUUUGUUGUCAAUCAAGCCUUUCCAGUCCGCCUUGCCACUGCUGGAGUGAAUGGAGAGGCUUCGCCUUGUGUUGUCCAGCGCUUGCGCAUCAAUGAAGCUAUCAAUGGCAUCCCAGUCUACGGAGCCGACUCGGUUGUAACCUUGGAUGAAUGCUACGGCGCAGAACUGGUGGCCGAUGCAGCCACAACAGACAUCAAAGCUCAUGUGGAAGACAUUGGCUUCACAGGGCUCACUGUUCGAGAGGUUACUGGUAAAUCUUUCUCGUCUGUCCAGGUCAAACGAGGCUAUACCCCUCUCUUUUCAGCGGAAGAUACCGUUAACUACUUGUCCACAGAAUUUCAAGUUGACAAGGAUAGUGGCAAUAUCGAGCCUCCAAAGCUCUACAUCUAUGUUACAGAACCAGAAGACUACUUGGCGUACUUCUCCGAUUUGCUGGUGAAGACUGAUGAUGGGGAAACCAAUGUUAUCCGCGUCAUUGUGCACUCGUACGAUCUCACCAUUCUGAGCAUUUGUCUUCUAUCAUCAUCCAAAACCGUGAAUGAAAGAAGACAUUUGCGCCAAGACCAACGGGAGCUUCAGUCCGAGUCAUGCUACACCUGUGCUAUCAAUGAAACGUUGACACUUUCUGGCACCACAACCACACAGGAGAUACGAUCCUUGUACUUGAACAACACGGGGAAGAAUGCUAUUGUGACGGAGGCAACGGCCCAAUCCGACGGAAGGACUGUCAAUGUCCCAGGCUCAGUGCCUUCUGUUUUCUAUAAUGGAACGUACAAUUGCUUUAGCCGUCUUAGCGGCUGUGUUCUUUCGGAGCUGCCCACUGGUUGUGCUGAUGCUCUGAGUGAUGUUCACUAUAUUUCAGUGGUAACUCUCCAGUACUUGCAGUCUGCUCUGAAUGUCAUGGGCGGUUUGGCAGUCUCAUCAAGCAGUCCUCAAUCAGUGAGAGCAUUGACCCACGUUGAUGCACCAGUCUGCACUUCCAACUACUACCAAAACCAACUCUUCUGUGUGGUAGCCCGUGGUGUCACACAGUACAGCAGCGGUUUGGGCAUUGGGGGGCAGAGUGGAGCUUUGCUUGUUGGCUACUCGGAUAUCUAUGGCACAGUUAUCGAAUUUCUCGUGAACGAUUCUCUUGAUACACCAGACUUUUUGGUUGGGGAACGGCUUAAAGGUUCUCAUCCUGUUGUUUUCCGGUACAUGGAGAAUCCGCCGGAUGACGGUAGAUCCAUUGGAAGUGUCUGUGAAUACGAUAUCUCUGUUGGUGUAAGGCAACAAAUGUGGUUCCGGUUCUCUAUUGACUUCUAUUCUGUCCUCACAAACGCUGUAAUCAUUCCUCCUUUGAAGGACUAUAGAUCUAAUGCUGGUGUCCCAAACAAGGCGUAUGUCAAAUCGGUCCGAGAGUGCCAGGCUCAUUCUUGCUCAACAUCUGAGUCCGAAUGCGCCAUACUGCUGGGUAACUUGUUCAUGUACACCAACAUCUAUCGCCUUUCAUCAACUAGCACAUUCUUGGAUGCAGCCGCUCAAACCUGCUCUGCAGUUAGUGAGUUCUUCACAAAUACCGGCCCUACCACAUCAUGCACUACCACGGAAGUAAUGUCGUUUAUUGUUGCCGGCUGGGCGUCGGUAAGCGUUGAUAUUGACAGCAGCACUUGCACAGCUGUGGACAACUGUCCAGCAGAACCAUCGGCAGCUCCCACCCCACGUCCCGAUCCUCAGUUUGGAUGUCAAAGCGCUACUUCAGUUUCAAUCCCCUCAACUUUGACCGGGGACACCUCAACAGCUAUGACCUUCUCGUCUCAAUCUUGUGGCUCUGCAAGAAACCACAACAGUCCUGGAGUUUGGUACAGUGUUACCGGAACUGGCAAUUCUAUCGUGGCUUCGUUGUGUAAUACAGCAGGUGGGGAUACUCAGCUCAGUGUUUGGACUGGGUCCUGCUCCAAUUUGCAGUGCGUUGUCGGGAACGAUGACCAUUGCUCUGUUAGGUCACAAGUUACUUUCCCAACCACUUUGGGCCAAACGUACUACAUUUACGUCUGGGGGGCGCUUUCAUGGGUUAUUGCCAUAGAUAUGGACAACUUUUAUAUCUACGUCUUUGACAGUGACACUGGCACAGAGGUGAUGUGGCUCCCUGAUGUGGCUGGAUUCCAGUACAUUCCGGCCGCCAUGGCAUCUCGACCUGGAGAAUCUGGAGAAUCUGGACGCUUGUUUAUCUGGGGUAACCAGGACCCGUCGGGUACUGUCAUGUUUGGUCUUUUACGAGUUGGGGUUAGCCUUGACCCUUUGGCUGUAGGGGUAGUCCCGACUUCCCUGGUAGACUUGCAUGCAGGAGCUAUUGCAUUUCGACAUGGUGUUCUUUAUGGACUCUUUGGCACAAGUUUGUAUUCGUUGAAUGAAGUUACAGGUAUUGAAACGGUUGUAUGCCUGAACAUAGUGCCAAUCUUUUACCACGGGCAGGAGAUCACGGGCAUGGCCACAAACCCUACUACAGGCCUUCUCCAUUUGAUCACAUGGACCACCCCAACCAUGUACACGAUUGAUCCAUCCACGUGCACGCUUGAGACAGUUGGGCAGCUGAGUCCCCCGCCUAAUGGUACCUAUUGGGUGGUAGUUAAUUCAAUUGUGUGGAAUCCCAACACCAACAAGUUCCUUGGAGCCGGUCAUGAUAUCAUUUUUGACUUGGAUGUUGAUGGUACGGUGACACAUGUGCGUCAUUUUGAUAGUCGAAUGGCAAAACAUGGAAUGGCAAUGUACUCGGAUGUCUUCCCAACAGCACCCACGCCCUUCCCCACCUCAUUUCCAACCCCGCUUGCCACUCCAGCCACCCCAGCCCCCAUUGUGUCAACUCCAUUGCCGAGUCCAAAUCCAAAUCCAUUCCCAACCAAUUCUCCCGAUCCGGUCCCAACCAAUGCACCAACAGGAUCGGUCGGAACCCCUGCCCCAACAGGAGCGCCGUCCAAUUCUCCAACCAGUAUCCCAGCCACAGCAACACCCAUGCCCUUCCAAACCUCAAUCCCAUCACCCGUUCCAACGCCGCUUGCCACUCCAGCACCUAUUGCCCCGACCUGCAACGGGCUUGUGGAAGCAGUAGGCCAGUUUUUCCGAUUCUUUGGUGGCUGA